CUCUUUCAGUCACUUUCAGUCAGAGAGAUUUUGCUGUGCAUGGGCUGGAUGCGAGAAAUGGACUCACUCUCGACCAUUCUCAGAGUACGUGUUCAUUUGAACAUGUACUUAGUAGAAGCGGGAAAAAAUCAAAGUACAUUCAUGAAUCAUUGCCAGCCUCUGGAGGUGGAUUCCGUAAACUUCGAAAGAAUGGACAACCUUGAAAUAACUUUGUUAGAAGUUGCCACAAGUUCUUUAGGCUUAUCCGAAAAUCACGAAGUCUCUCGUCUGAGCAUUUCUACUAGAUCUUCGGAGCACAUCUCGUCCACUACAGGUGGAGACCUAUGUGCAUUUUUUUUUUCUUUGGCAACAAAUAUUUCAAUGUGUCUCCACAUACUUCGAUUCUCAACAUGUUAUCACAAGUUGGAAGGAGGAGUGAACUCCUCAAUAGAUGAGAGAGGUUUUGAUACGGAAUAUCGUUGACUCAACUUACACAACCUCAUGCUGAGGGAUUGUGUGGUCGGAAGAACUCAUCGUGUGAGGUCGAGGACGAAGUAUUCAAGUGAUAGCGACACUUCCCAAGUUCACGAGCAAAAAAACACGGUACAAGUGGACGGUUCUCAAGCUUGCUGAUUUUGACGCCUGAAUAAAUGGCGUGUUCUGCAAGUGGUCAUACUGGUUGCAGUAUCGACGAGAUUGUGUAUAAAGCAAUUUUGGAAGAGUGCUCUGAACAAGGGCAAUGCGUUCGACCAAAGAGCUCGGAUAAGUGGGACGAUCGAUUGAGCUCAAGGAUAGAUUACGGUGUGGGAAUCGCUACACAAGCUCAGAUACAAAGAGGAGGAAUGAGUUAUCGAUGGUCGCGGAGUCGGAAAUGAUCGAUGUCAUCAUUCACAAACUUCAGAUCGAACUCCAUCAACAUCAUGGACGAUUGGGACUUAGGCGACGAAAUCUCUUUGAGCCACUUGUACUUCUCUGCCUUUCGUGAAGUGGAAGAGAAUCCACAUUCUUUCUCUGAGUAUAUUGCGAAAAUAUGCUCACCAACCAGGAGGAAGGAGAAGACAGAAGACUCAACCGCCUGUAAGCCCUGGAUCAGCAAAAAGCAAAAGGUUGAGGAGAAUGAGUUAUCGUCAACCGCUGAGAAUUACAAGGCUACGAGCAAUGCGGACAUGGUGCAUAAAGAGUUAUCAAACGCUGACAUGUGCAAUGCUACGACUGAGGGGGACUUGUCACACAUACAGAUAUCGUCCGACUCUCAAAAAGCCCAAAUUCAGGAUCUGAAUCCAAGCAGGGAGCACAGCGGGGAGUCAUCAUUAACAUCUAAGAGACAGAAGCUUCGAACUGCUGACGUUGAUGACGGCCAACCAAAGACACCAAAGACACCAAAGACACCUGAAAACCUGAAGGAUGAAAAGAUGGUGGUUCUGGAUGAGAUGAAGAAAAGGAAGGGCAAGUGGAAAAAGAUUCCAGCGGAGUUCUCACCAAAUCUCUUAGAUGGACGAAGUCUGCAAGACGAAAAUACGGAUGCCUAUCAUAUACAGAUGGCAGGUCCAAGUGUCAAGACGCCCUUGUGGUCCAAAAAGGAAGACAAGCAGCUCGGUCGUCUGGUGGCUUUGUACGGGACAAAUUCUUGGUCUAUUAUUGCAUCUUGUUUUCCUGGCUGGACUGACAAGCAUUGUAAAGAUAGAUGGUGUGAAUAUCUUGAUCCUUCCAUUAAGAAAGGACCUUGGACGGAAGAAGAAGAUAAGAUUUUGAGAGUGGCUCAUAAUCAUUAUGGAAACAAGUGGACUUCUAUAAGUAAGCUUAUACCAGGAAGGACCGAUAACGCCGUCAAGAACCGUUUCUACUCCGCCAUGAAGAGGAGAAGAAGAAAUGCAUCUGUACGCGAGAGAGCAAGAGAUAGAGAGAAAGCAGCUUGGGAAGAAGAGAUGAUGAAAGUACUCAAUUCUCGAGAAAUGAACAGCGAUGAGAAUGAUUCAGGGAGGGGAGUCGAUCCCAAAGAUACAGUGAACGAGCAGCCUCGGCAAGAAUUACUCAAUAAUCUUCCUGUAGAUUUGGUGGAAAAUUCUGGACAAAAUUAUUCUGGCAAUGAGGUGCAGGUGAACUUGGACCAGAAUUUGGAGCUGGAACUCAACUCUGUCCACAAUCUGUCUCCGACUGAUCAAGAAUCAGUAACUAAACAGGUGGCUGGGAGCUACUCUAAGUCAUCAGAUACCGAAAGUUCUACUCGCAAUUAGUUUGGACAGUAUUAAUCAAGAAUCAGCUAGACUAAGUAGUCCCUUGAGUUCAAAGGUGAUAAUCGAUUGAAGUGGAUACCGUGUUAGACCUGUUACGGUCCAUUGCAAGUUACCUGAGGCGCCUUAAUCAACCUCGGCAUUUACGUGAAAGAGCUGUCCAGUUUCAGAACCUACUACUGCAAUUUAUCAAGUUUGCGUCACUCAAUGUGGAUUUUAUUGUGUGCUUUUGUAAUGAGCUGCUAGAGUUCAGUCCGGAGCUAGAACACCGAUACUUGUUCAAGGUCAAGUCUGAGUAAUAGGCUUGUAUUAAUUACUUCGUAUGGAAUUAGCUACAUAUUAAUCAAGAAACUGUACACCGAUGCGAUCAUAAUAAAAUAAAGCCAUGCUAACAUCCUCAUUCUGACCUAAAAGCUAUGACUUGAAUUUGCUUCAUACAUGAGGGAGAUGAGAACAACACAGUUUUG